AAAAAACUUGCCAGUGUUAUUUGAUACUUGGAUACAAAUUUACUGCAGAGGUUCUCAUCUCGUUUCUAGCACUCGGUGUAUACACAAAAUCGGCCAUUAAAUGCGUGCAUGUGUAGCAUUCUUGGAGGAAGAAAAACGUUGCUCGGCAGUGUUUUUGUUUGGAUUUUUCUUUGAUUUCCCUUCUGAUUGUCGAUUGUAAAUUGUGGUAAUUUAUGGUGGCAAAACAAGACAGAAUUUGUGAAUGGAUAACGGUCCUAUCAUGCUGGACAUGGCAAAGGUUUCUGUGAAUGAAGGGAGUUAAUGUUUGCACAUUAAAUGUUGUGAGCUGAUUUUUAUAGUUCAGCAGAGGUAAACUGCAAUAAAACUUCUGUGGAAUGGGUGCUACCUCUCAAACUAAUGUUGAUAUACAAAUCUUCACAUAAAUCGGCCUUUUUCAUGCUUAUCGCUUGCAGUUACGUUGGGAAAUAUAAGAAAUUAAGCAUUUAGUGGAUAAUAAUUGGAUGAUAAUACCAGUGUUUAGCGAGUGAUUGAGGCAGCAUUCUUUGUUUUUACCAAUGAUUGGGCUUUGUGACAGAAGGAUGUGGCGUGUCUACUGAAGCUGCCAGUAUGAAAUCUGUCAUAGCUAUGAUUCUGGUCUCUUCUUGUCUGGGAAUGGUCCCUCAAUUUUUGGAAGAGCCUGAGUCAAUGGCAGUGGCCCCUCAGUCCUCAGUGACACUACCCUGCAAAGUAAGGGACCCACAAAGUACCGUGGUGCGGUGGAAGUUCAAUGGAGACUUUGUCAAAGAGAACGAUGCUAGGAAAUUCCAAAUGAAUGGAACAAAUUUAUAUAUACAAAAGUUCAGGCAUAGACGGAAAGCAGAAUCCAACGAAGGGAUUUACGAGUGUAUAGCCACAAAUGAAGCAGGGUCUUUGGCCAGUAAACCAGCGAGACUCUCCAAAGCAGCGUUGAAGCCUUUCAAACCUCGGGAGGAUCUUCGCCUGACCGUUAGGGAGGGACUUAACAUCAAUCUGCCCUGUGUACCCCCAGCAAGUAACCCUCCAGCCAAUAUCUUGUUCUCCAAAAACGGGUCUACUAUCAUCUCAGGAAAAUCAAGGAGGUUCCAGGUCUUUGCUGAUGGAAGUAUGAUGAUUCGUAACGCCAGUCUGGGGGAUGCUGGUCAAUAUCGGUGUGUGGCAGUCAACCCAGUGACCCUCAGGAAUCGGACAGCUAACCAUGUAGUUCAUCUCACAGUCCUGCAAUCCGCUCAGGUUGAACCACUAGAGAAGCAGCCUGCCAUUAUUUUAUCCUCUACCACCAUCAAAGCUGGCAAGGGAGAAGAUACAGAGUUAGAGUGUGCCGCGGAUGGCUCCCCACCACCAAACAUCACGUGGGACCGCUAUGGUGGUCGCCUGGCUCCAGACAGACACACCGUACAAAAUGGAAACCUGCAUAUCUUUAAUUUAACACAAGCUGAUGAAGGGACCUAUCUGUGUAGAGCCAGUAAUGGGGUGGGGACAGUACAGGUCAAGGCCAUGGAGCUAAAUGUAGAAGAGCCCCCUUCAGUGACAGCCAAAACUUCCAACACUGCAGUCAAUGCUGGGGAGUCGGUCCAUCUGGUAUGCGAGGUCAAGGGUGAACCAGUGCCAGAGGUCAUCUGGUACCAUAAUGCAGUUCCUGUAACAGAUCUGCUGAAAGCAGAAAAUGGAGUGACCACCUAUAGUAUUAAGAGUAUUCGGAAAUCUGAAGGUGGAAUCUACCAAUGCAUGUCUAGUAAUGAAGCAGGAAUGGCUUACUCUGCCAUUGAAGUGAAGGUCAAAGGUCAAUUAGCCAGCGAGAACGAAGUACCUGAUAACAUUGGAAAAAUUGCAUCAGGCGGUGUCAUUUCUGGUGGUGUUGAUACUAGUCCCAAAAUGUCUAGGAAUGGAAACAGGAGGAGGAAGAAGGGGAAGAGAAAGAGGAAGAGAAAGAAGGGUGGAAGGAGAAAUAAUAGAAACCGAAAUAAAGGGAGGCCCUCAAAUGAUGGACCCACAGUUAAACUGGUCCCUCCCAGUGCCCCUGACGUGGUUCAGCUGUCUGACACCUCUGUGAAGCUGAACUGGACGGUCCCUGAGAACGAUGGCCUGUCAAUCACUUUCUUUCGAAUCCAAUACAGGGCCAUCAAGCCAAAGAAAACUCAGUGGAAGACAGAGGAUACAGAUGUCAGGGGAGAUCAGAGGAUGUAUGAACUGAUACAUCUCAAACAAGAAGGCACAUACAAAUUUCGAGUAGCAGCUGUGUACUCCAAUAAUGACAACAAACAUGGACCCACAUCAAAGAAGUUCACCCUGAAGACGGCCCCUUACUCCGAGCCCCAGGCCCCUGAGGGAGCCCCGGUCAUCGUAGAGGUCAAAGCAGUGGAGUACCAGAAAAUACACGGGCUCAACGUCAAAUGGAAUUAUGUGCCAAAGAAAAAAUCCCCAAUCGAAGGCUUCACACUUCACUACAAAGAAUAUGGUGCCAAAAGCAAUUUCACCUCCCUACCAUUAUUGGAAUCUACAAUUAGGUCAUACAUGAUCAAAGAUCUCAAACCUGCCACAGAGUACACCAUUAAAAUCCAGAGUUUCAACACGGCAGGUUUUAGUGAUCUCAGUAAUGAAGUGGUCAUGAGAACAAAGGGAGGUGUUCCCUUCCAGCCACCAGCUGGGAACAAUGGCCGCCCCAUCUCAAACAUAGAUAACGACUGGCCCUCUCCUGCCCCACCCACUCCAUCUCGACCGAGUUCGAACGCCAAAGAGCAGGAGAGAAAUAACACUCAGUCGAGCAGUGAGAUGUUGUACAUGGUACUGGGGAUUGUCCUGGGAGUCAUGAUGCUGUUCCUCAUCAUCUUCAUGUUUAUGUGUUGGUGGAAACAGAGGCAGCAGAGGAGGAGGAUGGAUGCUAUGAAUGAUGCAGUGUGUCAGAAAUUCCAGGACUCUUCACAGAGAAUCUACGCAGAUAGUCUACACAAAAAAUAUCCCAAUGGAGGGGGGUUUGGGUGUAACGGAGUAAACGGGUCUAUCCCUAAUGGGCAUGCAGGGAAUGCCUACACCAGAAUGAACAUUAGUGUUAAUCCAUUGUCUGAUAUUGAUGUCGCCAACCAUAACCGUGGAUCAAAUUAUCAGACAUCUACGUUUGUGCCUAACGGCAGUGUACCAAGUCAUUAUAACGAAAGUGAUAACAACUUUAACAAAAUAAACCGCAGUAUGGACGGUUCAGUACAUAGUACUUCUCAUCAUAGCCAGCAGUGUAUAGAGACUUUAGACUCCAUGGGAGGGGGCGAGGCACCGGCCUGUCCCCCCUCUCCACAUUCAUGUCAUGUGCCAACAGGAUUUAAUAGUGAUUUCAAUUCAGACUCUCCGCAGGAAGGUUAUUCACAUGGUGGACGGGAUCCCCACUUGAGAAUUUCUUCCCCCCAUGGGGGCAGUAGGGACGUAGGAGUGCAUUAUUCAUGUGACAGUUUGACAAGUGAAGGUGGUGCUAAUUCUGGGAAGCCCAAACGACGGAGAAAACGGGCCUCAAGUCGGGAUCACGGAAUGCGGGAUCAGGCCACCAAUACAGAUCUUAGUAGCAAUGAGGGAACUAUAGAGUUCACUUCAUAUGACAGAACAUUAAGUUCCUCUCAGAUUUCUGGUCAGAAUUCAUUUCAACCUCAGACUUUAAACUCCUCUUCUCCAAACUCACAGUUAACGCAAUCAAACGAGGAACUAUGACAUCAUGUCCAGAGAGACUCUUCGUCAUUUUUCAUGGAAUCCAAAACCUAGGCUGAAGGAGAGAAGGUGUCGUCUGCUACGAGAUGUCCCAGAAUCCUCCUCAAAAAUGGAGGGUAAUGUUUGAGAGCAUAGAGCAUGUUUAUUCAAAAUGAGGAGAGUCGAUUGAGCCACCAUUUUAAUUUUUUUAACGAGAAUUUUUCUUUGUAUUGAUAAACAACACGUGGCAUGAUUGUUGUUUUUUAUUUUGUUCUUACUCUUGUAUAAUAACGAGAAAGUCUUCAUACCUGUGUAUAUUAAUUAAGAUUGUAAUAACACAAUAUGAUAUUACCUCAGUUUUUUUUUUUUUUGUUAAUUAAAAAUUUCAAGAGAGCCAAAGAGGAAAGCUAGAUUACCAUGUGAUGUUUGUUUUGAGUGACAGGAAUUUGUGUAGGAGUUUGAGUGGGAGAAAUUUUAUGUCUAAUAUUGCGUGCCUUCAUGAGGAAUGAAUGUUCCAGCAGAAUGUAUUUCAGCAGUUCAGUUUUUUUUCAUAUUUGAGGGUAAAAUGUAAAUGAAGAGCCAGUAAAAUUAGAUGUAUAGGUAUGAACCCAUGCCCAGUGGAUUUAUACUAUUGCUUUGAUUUAUUCAUUUAGAAAUAAGGUAUUUUUAAUAUUCAUGAGAUAGUUUGACGUAAAUUUACAUAUUCAUACCAUACUAAAACUGCUAAUGCAUUGUACGUAAUAAAAUAAGGUCAUAGAGAUUUUAAAUGAAGUGUAUGUGAUGGUGUACUUGAUUCUAUAUGUAUAUUGAGGUUUACUUGAUUCUCUGAAUGUGAUGUACAAUAAUCUUCUGUUCUCUGAAGAGGGGAACAGGGGGCCAUUUUUCAAGGGUAAAAAAAACAAUAGAAAGAUUUUCAUCUUGUAUACUAUAUGUGUCAUUUUUAUAUGUAUUUGUCCAUUAUGCCAUUUGAAAAUGACGAAAUAACGAGAAUUACCAUAUAAAUCUACAUUUUAAUUUAUAAUGUUAUUAUGCUUUGUACCAUAGUUUGUGAAGCAAAGACCAGUUACUAUUCCUCAUUUUCUCUUGAACAUCUUUCAUACAAACAUGAAAUCCUUUAGUGAACAUGAAAGUGAACAAAUUGUUCAGGACCUUUUUGUGUUAGAUGUACAAGAUUUUAUGAAUUUUGUUAUAAACAUGCCUUGGAUGGUAUUUUCCAAAUAAGAAAUAUAAAUUCAUCAGAUGAUGAUUCUGAGGAAUGGGGAUAUUGGUCUAAUGUUCUGUUUUGUUCAGUAUUACAUUUUCUGUACCUUUUCUUUUGUUAAAUUAAUUUCUUUGUGUGCCAGUUUUUAAAACUGUUGAGAAAAAGGGAGGGAAGUUUUGAUAGUGAGAAAUUGUUCUGGGUGAAGAUAGUGUUAUUGUUGAUGAAGGGACAGAAUUGGAAGAAAACAAAAUAUUUUUUUAUUAUAUAAAAUGGGUAAAUAUUAACAUUUUAAAAAUGCAAUUAAUAACCAAUUCAAAGAUAAGCCAGUAUCUGGUAUGAUUAUCUCACAAUUCUUUUUUCCUUUGUGUUUCUCGUAUUACUGUACAACUCUUCAGUUUAUAGUCAAAUGCAUUGCAUUGUCCCCAAAUCUUAUAUCAAAUUAACUCAUUAAUGAAAUGUAGAGUUACAAACUGUUAAUGCUUCAAUGUCUGUUUUUAUCAAUGAUCCAAGAGUUUGUGAUAUUGGUUUCUUGUCAAUACAUCAUAUUUCUUCCAUUGCAAUAUUAUAUUACAGCAAAUAAGAUUUCUAACGGUCUGCCGGUCUGCUCUUAAAGGCACUGGUGUUAAUUAGAGCCAGGCAUGAGAAGAUUGUAAUCAUUUUUUAUUUUUUUUAAAUUUUUUUUUUUAUUCAAAAUCUUGUAUAAAUGUAAUUAAAUUUACUUUUUAAUGGCAAUAAUACUUGUUUUUCCAAAUUGAAUUAGCAAUGAAAAAUAUGUAAGGAAUGUUUUCUUAAAUUAUGAGAUUGAUUGUCAAAGAAGGUAACUUUCUUCUGAUGCCUGGCUUACAAUGCCAGCUGGAUGUAUUGUGAUAAAUCUGAUUGUUACUGUGUGUUACUGUAUGGUUGUCUUCUAAAUGUUAAAUAUUACGGAUGAAUAUUGUGUAUGCAUUGUUGAAAAAUGAUAAAUACUCAAAUAAAAUGUAUUAAGAAUGCA